AUGAGUGAAGUACUGAGUCGUAAACAACCGGACUUUGGCCAACACGACUCUCACCUUGAACAACUUGAGGUUCCUCUGAUCAUAGUCCAAACCGCUACAGUGAUGACUUGCUUAACUAGCUUCGUACCGGUUGGAGACUUUUCUGAUUUGGAACAGCAAUCAUUUGCUGGCCCAUGA